UAAAUAACCUGUAUUGUUUGUGUUGCAUCAAAUUAAAUUCAUCUUCUGUUUCGCAAGUGACUCAGGAGUUGAUAUUUUUAGGAAGCUUCUCAAAUGACUCGCAAGUGCAAAACAAUUGCUUUAGAAAUCUUUACAAAUAUUGGCAAAUACACCUGGCAUUUAAACACACACCCUAGGAAAACAUCACAACGGCAUGACCUACACUGAUCUGAUGAAUAAUACAAGAGCACACGAUCUCACGGAUUAAUAUAUGCAUUAACCAAUUUCGCAAUUCUUAACGCAGUAGAAAAAAGGUAAGUAAGGCACAUAUGGGACAUUUCCUGAUGGCUAGGUAACUAGUUUAAUAGCUUGAGGGCUCUGGAGCCGGUUCAUACAGAAACACUCGAAUUCCCGAGGCAUUGUGCUGCAGCUUAGCAGCAUGGCAAGUGAACAGGCCAAAGAUAAUGCUGUAGUAAAAACAGCUAGAGAGGGGGUUAAGAAAUACACAUUACUGACAUGUCUGGGGGGUGUUAUUAUGACAAGUUUUACGCUUAAUAUGUGCACGGGAAUGAGGCAGCAGCUGUCUGAGGUCUUGAUGUAUAGCCUAGCGUUUAAAUUUGUUUUAAAAGGUACUCUUUUUUUAACAUGACCAUUUUGAGCAAUAAAAAAAAUAUAUUAAUAAAACUACAAAAGGGAAAGAUCAGAGAUCUCAUUAAGCAGUGAUGAUUUGCAGACCGAGUUCUGUGCAGCUGAACCAGCAGAAUCCAGUCCAGCCCUCCCAUCAGCUUCAGCAUGGCUUGCUUCAUUAAAGACACACAAAAGCAGAUGAGAAAACUGACCCCUGCCAUACGUCAAACAUUAGACUAACUAUAAUAAAUUAUUUAUUUAAUGACAAUAUUCCUUUUAAAACGCUCAUCUUGCCAUACACACUAUAGUUUGUGGAGGGGGAAAACGGUCUUGUGACUUGACAAAGGGUUGGUGAAAUGUUGUCAGAAGACUAUAGCUCGAGACUUUAAACAUCUGCAUAAAUAUAUAUAUAAAAAAACGUGUUUUACAUUUUAAGAUUCUUGUUAAAAACGUGUUUUACACCCUUUUCCUAGAAUACGUUUUUUAAAUAAUGAUCACUUUAUAAUAGCAAAAGCAAAUGAAAGGUCCGCCUGUUAUUAAUUGUUAAUGCAAUUCAAUUUUGAAUCUUUAGGGAAAGUUGCAUGUUGAGCGGCGCACGCGAGAUGUAAUGCUACUGCUAACCAGAUCAAACUGGCCGUGUGACGCUGAACUUUACACUCUAAUUGUCAGCGGCUGAGGGCGUCAGGAGAUUGGUGCUGCUCGUCGGGCUCCGCAAAAACAACUCCAAAUAUGUUCAAAGGAAGACUUAACGGAGAAAAACACUCCAGUAAGCCAGGCAAGGACAUCUCUCAGUAAUUAACAGGUACAGUAUGACAACAUAAUCCUUGUGUCCGUUUUCUUAGAUCAUUUAUGAAAUUACAUUUAUCUCCUCUUGUAAGGUAUGUCUAUUUGACACUGGGAGGAUUCAUCUUUGCUAUUCUAACAAUGGGUUCAUACAGCUUAUUGCUGUUCUUCAGUGCCGUCCUUCUCCUGCUGCUGAUAUAUUGUCUACACCCAACGCAUAUUCAUCAUUGGACACUGGGACUGCAGAUGUGUUGGCAAACCGUCUGGCACUUGUACAUCCAGUACCAGUUAUACUGGCUUCAAGAGACACCAGACUCCAGGCUAUUACUGGCCAUAUCUGCUCUAAUGUUGAUGACACAGAGGGUUUCUUCUCUAUCUCUUGAUCUGCAGGAGGGAACAAUCACUAGUUCUUUUCAAAACAGCAGUCAAGAUCUGUCUGUCCUUAUACCAUUUCUAAGCUACUCGCUUAAUUUUCCUGCACUUCUUGGAGGGCCACUUUGCAGUUUUAACACUUUUGUGCAGUCUGUUAGGCAAAUGAGUGUGACUCCACAUUUGACUCCAUAUUUAAGGAGACUUACUUCAAAGAUAUUGCAAGUUAUAAUUUUGGUGUGGAUUAAAUAUCCUCUCAAGGAGCUCUUAAAAUCAAUCACAUUUAGAGUAAACAGCCCUUGCGUUUGUCAAAACAUAAUAUGGAUCUGGAUCCUGUCACUGCUACUUAAGAUGAACUAUUAUGCACACUGGAAGGUCAGUGAAUGUGUUAACAAUGCUGCAGGCAUAGGUUUCCAUGGGUACAGUCACAGUGGAAAAAAAUCAUGGGAUGGGUUUUCUGAUGGCAGUCCAUGGGUGACUGAAGCAUUGAGUCGUCCUUCAGCGUUUGCACGCCAGUGGAACAGAACCACGGCAGUGUGGCUUCGAAGAAUGGUCUUCAAAAGAUCCAACAUAUCUCCACUGUUUAUGACCUUUUUGUUUUCAGCAUGGUGGCAUGGCCUUCAUCCAGGUCAGAUUCUGGGCUUUAUCAUCUGGUCUGUCACCGUGCAAGGGGACUAUAAAAUGCAUCACUUCUUGCAUCCAAUGCUUACCUCCAAGUGGAGGAAAUGGCUGUAUGUGUGUUUAAACUGGGCUUUUACACAACUGACCAUUUCAUGUGUUGUUGUCUGUGUGGAGCUCCAGAGCUUGGAGUCAGUGAAACUGCUCUGGUGUUCAUAUAUCGCUGUGCUUCCACUACUGAGUGUUCUAAUAAUUAUAAUCCUGUGAGAAAUUCACAGAAGCAGCGUUAACUAUACAAAUGUAAUACAAAUAUGUCAUCAAAUAUCUAAUUAAAUAUAGUAAACAUGAAAGCUUAACCAAGCUUGCAUGAUUAGCAAGAAUAUUUGAGCUUAUACCAUAUAUUAUAUUUAAUGUGCUCUGUAUGCAUCAGUCUGUAUGUCUAUAUAUAAAUA